AUGCCUUUCCGGAUACCCAAGCGCAAGGAAAGAGGAUCGGGAUACACUGCUCUGGAUGGACGAUGGGUCGACGGUGACAAGGAACGCCUUUCGGACGACGAUGACGCCUCAGACUCGAAUGCGACACCAAUGCUGCGACGUGCCUCUGGUGCUCGCAGUGCUACUUCCUACNCCCUGCCGCCACGUCGCUUCACAAGAUACUUCACCUUGAUCAUCGUCCUAAUACUAGUUGGUCUUGGUCUCACACUGGCUCGUCUGAGCGCUCUUUCCGAAGCAUCAUUACGAUCUGGUCUGUCUAAACCACCACCUCCACCACCGACUUGGGAAAGCUUCCCCUUCUUGAAACGCUACCAUGGCGGUAUCAGAACUCUGAUCUCUCGCGCCGACAACGAACCGGAAUACCCAGAUCCCGAGAACAACUCGUUGGAAUCUACUGUGCAGAAAGACCAGGAAGAGCAGACCGCUCCGUCAGAAGAGAAAGGCUUCCAGAAGAGGUAUAUACCACAAGGCCAGAGGUUCAAUCCUGUCAAACAAGAUGGCGUUGUCGAGUGCUACCUCGACGAGGAGAGAAAGAGCAAUGUUCCGCAACUUUUGGCAUAUCCAGGAGUACCCAAAGGCUUCCCAGAUCCUAUCAUGGGCUCCUAUGAUAUAUUCGGGAUGAACGGCGAUAUUUGCUUCGACCGUUACGGAAGGCUCGGUCCAUACGGUUUAGGCUACAGCAAGAGAUGGGGCGGCAGUGGUGCUGGAAUGGAAGGCCAUCUGGAAGGAGCAGACCAAGUCUGGGGCGGCAAGACCGAGAUUGACUAUCGCGAGGUCAAUUGGGCUCAAGCUCAGCAAAGAUGCGCUCAGAAGAACAAGAACCGCUACAAGCCUGUACCAAAACCUCGAAACCACUUCUUUACUGACAUGCCUGUCGGAGGCCCUGAGGACGAUAAGCCUAAAAGAGAGGAGAAGCAAGACAAGAAACUGCUACCCAGACAAGCUGUCGUUAUUCGAACUUGGCACGACUACCAAUAUGAUGAUGAAGACAUGUUCUAUCUACGCGCCCUCGUCAAUGAGUUGUCUCUUCAAUCCGGCGGCGAGUACACUGUCCAUUUCCUGGUCCAUGUCAAGGACAACGACAUGCCUAUAUGGAGUGAUGACUUUACCUACCAGCGCGUUCUCAAUGAUUCUCUCCCUCUGGAGUUCCGUGGCAUGGGUACACUCUGGUCAGAGAGACAGAUGAGUCUGAUCUAUGGAGGAAUAGCAGAAACCAACUACCGUGAUCUGCCAAUCCACGGUGCAUACAGAUCGACAAACAUGCCCUUGUCUUACUUUGCUCAUAUGCACCCUGAGUACGACUUCUUCUGGCAUUGGGAAAUGGAUAUUCGCUACACCGGCCACUUCUACCAUCUCUUUGACAAGGUCGGCAAAUGGGCAGACCAGCAACCCCGCAAAGGUCUCUGGGAGCGUAACGGCAGAUUCUACAUUCCAUCUGAGCACGGCUCCUGGGAAGACUUCAAGCAAAUGGUGCGCGUACAGACCGAGCACGGCACAGCUCACAAAGCAGGCAUGUACGAGAAGGUAUCCGGUACCGAAAACGCGCAAGCACGCACGCCUCCUGUCUGGGGCCCAAUGCCACCUACCGGCGAAGGUGAUAGGAUAGAAACGGAAAACGACCCUCAACCUCCCACCACGCCAGACAAAGACAACUACUCCUGGGGCGUGGGCGAACCAGCAGAUUUCAUUACCUUUAAUCCUCUCUUCGACCCGCAUGCUACAAACUGGAUUUUAGCAGAAGACGUCACAGGCUAUAACACCUCUGCAGGCUUCCCUCCUCGCCGCACAGCAAUCAUCACUGCAUCACGUCUCUCCCGCCGUCUUCUCGAAACCAUGCACAGGGAAACUGCUCUCCAGCGCCACAGCAUGUUUUCUGAAAUGUGGCCUGGAUCUUGCGCUCUGCACCAUGGACUCAAAGCCGUCUACGCACCUCAUCCAACCUAUAUUGAUCGCAGAUGGCCCACUUCAUACCUCGCUGCUGUGUUCAACAAUGGGCUGCACGGUGCUUCUGGAGGUGCAAGAACGAGUGUAUUUAGUGAUGAACGUCAGCACAACUUUNUAGGAACGACUUGGUAUUAUCAUGCUGGGUUCCCAGGCAAUCUCUGGAAGAGGUGGUUGGGAUACAGAGUCGAUGGAGAUGGAGGUGAGAUGGAGGAGGUCGAGGGUGAGGGUAGAAUGUGUUUGCCUGGCAUGCUGCUGCAUCCUGUGAAGCAUGUCGACUUGAUCUACGAGCACAGAGAGGGAGAGUGA